UGCGCGCGCUUGCCCCCCCCUUCCAAGGCCCGGUUUCGGUCUGGUCGGUCGGUCACCGGGAAACAAGCCCCGGUUCCCUCUCCCUUCCAGGCGCCAUGUACCGCGCUCUCUACGCUUUCCGUUCUCCGGAGCCCAACUCCCUGCAGUUCGAGGCUGGGGAGAGCUUCAUUAUCCUGGAGCGGUGCAACCAGCACUGGUGGCUGGCCAGCCGGUGUAGCAGCGGGGACACGGGCUACGUGCCGGCCUCCUACGUGGAGAGGAUCAAGGUGCAGGAACAAGACGUCGUUCUCCAGUCCAUUGAUAGAGCUAUUGAAGCCAUACACAACGCAGCGAUGACCAACGGCGGCAAAUACAACCUGGAGCAAAGAGACGUGCUUCAAAAGCUGAUCAAUCACCGAAAAGAUACACAGUGCCGAAAAAGCCACUCGCCAGGCGCCAAAGCAAAUUCCAUGACCGCUUCCAACAGUGAUCAUCAUUUGGAUUCUGUCCGGCAGCCCAACGGCAUUUGCCGGACUGGCUAUGAGCGAAACAUGAGUUUGCCGAACUCCGAGUUUACUUCCGAGGAUGAGACGCCCUAUCAGAUUCCUCCACAGCCCCGACGCGCAGCUCCUGUUACCCCGCCGCCACCGGAGAAAAAGAGGAAUGCACAAAUACACACUAAAAAUUGUACUGACAAUGCUUCAGGAUCGAUAGCUGACAUCUCCACUGCAAGUAUAUCAUCUCUUGAUACCCUUUGCACCACAUCUACGCACUCCCUCCACCCUACGAUAGCAUCGAGCCCCAGUAACACCCCACCGCCCGUGCCGAGCAGAAGCGUAAACACCAUGGUAACCCGCGGCUUGCCCCCAAGCAGCACAGAAUCUCAGAACAAGGUGGCUUCCCAAGAGCUUCCCAAUAAAACAGAGAACCUGAGUCUAAGCGACCCUAAAACACAAAUGAAGAGGAUGGCUCCGGCACCACCUGGCUUGGAAGCUUUCCAUUCCGUCAACCACGACAACAAAGCAAAGCCGUCGGCAAAACCGGUGGCGCCAGAAACGGCGACUCCUGCCAUCAGCGUUCCAAAAAUGAUGGGCGCCGAGCUUAUAGAGCUGGUUCGGAAGAACACGAAUCUUAGCUAUGAACUCUCGCGGGUGGCUAUAGGAGUGGUGGCCGGACAUAUCCAGACCUCCAUCCCAUCUGUAGCUUCCAUCAUGGAGCAGAUUCUGGUCUCCCUCGUGGAGUGUAAGGAUUCCGGUUCCAGCUUACCAUCUGGACAGAUCUGCCACGACGAGCAGCGACUGGAGGUGAUCUUUGCCGACCUGGCCCGACACAAAGACGAUGCUCAGCAGCGGAGCUGGGCCCUGUACGAGGAUGAAAAUGUCAUACGCUGCUACCUGGACGAGCUCUUGUUGAUUCUGACAGACGCAGACCCCGACGUGUGCAAGAAGAUGUGCAAGAAGAACCAGUUUGAGGCCGUCGUGUCCCUCGUGGCUUAUUAUCAAAUGGAGCACAGAGUUUCGUUGCGACUUUUGCUACUGAAAUGUUUUGGGGCCAUGUGUAACCUGGACGCCUCUAUUAUUUCUGCCCUGGUCAAUUCCCUCCUUCCCAUGGAGCUGGCGCGGGAUCUCCAAACAAAUACUCAAGAACACCAGAAAAUGUGUUAUUCAGCCUUAGUGCUCUCUAUGGCUUUCUCUAUGGGAGAACCUCUUCCGUAUCACCAUUACGAGCAUCUGAACUCCCAGUUUAUCCGGUUCCUGUUGGAUGUGAUUGAAGACGGUUUACCUUCCGACGUUACGGAGCAGCUGCCCGAUCUGUUCAUCAACGUGCUUCUGGCUUUUAACCUUCACAUACAAGUUCCCGCAAACAACGUCAUCAUGAAAACAUUAUGCAAAAUUCCCAAUGUCAAGGUUUUUACAGAAAAGCUGCUGCUACUUCUCAACAGAGGAGACGAUCCAGUUUGUAUCUUUAAACACCAGCCUCAGCCCCCGCAUUCGGUUUUAAAGAUCCUGCAGGAUAUUUUUGCCAGCAGCGACACGGCAAAUAUCUUUUAUCACUCGGACAUGAUGGUCAUGAUCGAUAUCAUUGUACGGCAGAUCGCAGACCUUUCGCCAGGAGAGAAGCUGCGCAUGGAGUACCUCUCCCUGAUGCACUCCAUCAUUCGCUCAACCGAUUACCUUCAGCAUCUUCACCGCCAUCACGACCUCCAUGGAAUCCUGCAGCGCAUUUUAGCCGAAGAGGAGGAAAACCCUCACUGCCAGAUGGAUAAAAUGAUCGUUCGUGAAAUAUACAAAGAAUUCCCUCACUUUUCCCCAGAGAGCGGCUAAAUAUCAACCGCUGCUGCCACGACGUGUGGAAAACGACCCCUACGUUUAAUCUUCCGGCCUACUAACCACUUCUAACAUUUUAUACGCACCCCUAGUUACAAGGAGGGCCUUUCCGUCUUAAUUAACCCUUUGGCGGACCGGAGUGGUCUGUUUUCACACCCAUCUGACAGCCACGGGAUUAAAGAACUGUGAAGAUUUUUUUUAAUUAGGAAUCGUUUCUGCUAC